CUCAAACAGUCACACGUGUGUAGCCCACAGCCUAAUAUCACGUGAUUGUUCUGGGAGGAAGCAACUGAGCUGAAGCUUUGACAAAGGUUGCACCAUUCUUCUAAUUUGCCAACAGAGAACAGGGGCUGGGCUAGGACGGAAUAAAGCAUGUGGAAGGUUGUGUGGGCAGUGUGGCUCUCGGUGACUGUGUGCGGCCAUAGAGCUGAUGCCGAGGAGGGGGGGGGGGAACCGAGCCUGGGGCAUGUCUCUGUGGUCAUAGUGGGUAGCACUGGUGACUUGGCAAAGAAGUACUUGUGGCAAGGCUUCUUCCAGCUCUACAUUAACCAGGUCAGUAGUGGACACAGUUUUUCUUUUUAUGGCGGGGGACUGUCACCUGCAGAUAAGGCCAAACCGAUACUGUUCAAGAUCCUGAAGGGAGUGGCAUGCAGCAAGGAUGUGUCCGCGGAGCGCUGUGCCCUGUUGAAGGAGCAGUUCCUACGGCUGGCUCAGUACAAGCAGCUGAACACCACGAAGCAUUACCAGGAGCUGAAUACGCAACUUCGUAAACAGAUUACACAAGAGGGGUUGACAGAGGCAGGCCGCCUCUUCUACCUAUCUGUGCCAGCCUUUGCCUAUACAGACAUUGCAAAAAAGAUCAACGGCAGUUGCAGGCCGGCCACAGGGGCAUGGCUAAGAGUGGUUCUGGAGAAACCCUUUGGCCAUGAUUUCCACAAUGCUCAAACUCUUGUCACUGACCUUGCGAACUCCCUGGCGGAUAUGGAAAUGUAUAGGAUUGACCACUACCUAGGAAAGCAGGUCGUCUCUGGAAUAUUGCCAUUCAGGAAGGAGAACAAAAAGUUUCUGGAUCCCAUCUGGAACAAACACCACAUUGAGAGAAUAGAGAUUGUUCUGAAGGAAACCCUGGAUGCCAAAGGGCGUAUUUCAUUCUAUGACCAGUAUGGAGUCAUCAGAGAUGUGAUCCAGAAUCAUCUGACGGAGGUCAUGACCCUGUUGACCCUCAGUCUCCCAGCCAACAUGAGCAACUGUGAUGACAUUCUACAGAACAAGUUAAAGAUCUUCAGUGUCCUGAAGCCCCUAGACAAGAGGCAAGCUGUCAUUGGUCAGUACCAAACAUACAAUGCAGAGGUCCAGCAAGAACUGAACAAGACCAAGGAUCACGUCAGCCUCACCCCCACCUUCGCUGGUGUAAUGGUGCACAUUGACAUGGCCCAGUACGAUGGACUGCCAAUCAUUCUUACCUCAGGGAAGAUGCUUGAUGAAAGGGUUGGAUAUGCUCGUAUUCUCUUCAAGAAUGACAUAUUUUGUGUCCAGAACUACAAAAGCAUUUACUGUAAGCCCAAACAGAUCAUAUUCUACUUUGGACAUGGUAGUCUGCAUUACCCAGCUAUUUUAGUUAGCAAGAACCUCUUUAAGCCACAACUAAUCAACAGUGAGUGGAAAGAGGUGACGGAGCACAAAGUUGUCAGUGUACUGGGAUUACCCAUCUCGGACUACUAUGUGCAAACACCAAUAGUGCAAAAGGAGGCCUAUACAGAACUUAUUUCUCAGCUAUACCACGGCCGAAAGGAAAACUUCAUCAGUGCUGAGAACCUGUUGGCCUCCUGGGGCUUCUGGACUCCCCUUCUGGAAAGCCUGCACGGCUCUUUCCCUCGCAUCUACCCCGGGGGCGCUGACAAUACCAACCUGCUGGACUUCCACCUGCAAGGACAGGAAGUGAAAUUUUCCAGUGAAGCCGUGGUCGUGAUCUCCCAGGACAUGAUGGGUGGGGCAGCGUCGACGAGUUUCCAGACGAUGCAGGGGAAGUACAAGGGCACUGACAUGGUGUCUGCGUGGCCGGAGGAUCUUGUGGAGAGGCUGGCUGCCGACAUGCAAGAAUCUGCCGAGGCGGCUGUGAGGGAGGGAGGCACCUUCCACCUGGCCCUGUCUGGGGGCUCGAGCCCCAUAGCUCUGUUCCAGAGGCUGGUGGAGCACCACUACUCCUUCCCCUGGAGGGACACCCACGUAUGGUUGGUGGAUGAGAGAUGUGUUCCCCUAACAGAGGUGGACUCUAAUUUCUUCCAUCUCCACAACAACCUGCUCGAGCACGUGAGGAUUCCAUACACUAACAUCCACCCCAUGCCUGUUCAGCUCAACCAGCGACUGUGUGUGGAAGAAGAUCGAGGCGCACCGCUCUACGAGAAAGACAUCCUCCAUCUGGUCAAUACCUCCAGCUUCCACUUUGUUCUGCUGGGCGUGGGCUACGACGGGCACACCGCCUCUUUGUUCCCAGGAUCCCAGGUCAACCAUGGGGACAGCUUGGUGGUUCUUACAGAGAGCCCAGUGAAGCCCCACCAGCGGAUGAGCCUCACCUUUAAUGUCUUAAAUCGUGCCCACAAGGUUGCGGUGCUUGUAAUGGGCAAGAGCAAGCAUGAGCUGGUCACUCAGCUAAGCCGAGUCAAGGAUGACCCCAAGAAGUGGCCCAUAACUGGAGUUCAGCCAAACAGUGGCAAGCUAGUAUGGUACAUAGACUAUGAUGCUCUUUUAGGGUAGAAAAGUGAGGUAACAGAGCAGCGACUUUGUUCAAUUGUAGCCGUAGGAGAAUGUAGCUGUACAUUAAAUGAGAAGGAAUUUGCUGUAGGUGGAAUCUUUUUAUGCUGUAUUUUGACCAAGAAUGUAAUGAUUCAUAUACAUUGUUCUGUCAGUCUCACACAGCAAUAAUGUACAAGUGUUGUGUGCACUUGUGUGUUGGUGGGAAAUGAAGUGUGAGGGGUUGCCAGAGAUUGAACUCAGGAAAGCAUUUUGAAUGAGGCAUCCAAAGUACGUGUGAAUGUACCUGAAAAGACUACUAUAUGUGAAAAUUACACAAUACAUGAUUUUUUUUUUCUUAUGGAAAAUAGACAAAUUCACAAACUUUUUGACAACUACAUUGGUUUUUUUGCUGCUUAAUAUAUAAUUUUACCAGGUACAUGGUUCCGAAUAUUACAUGCCCCAACUGCACAUUCCCAAAUAUUACAUCAGUUUGUAACCAUGUUCGGUCAAUUUCUUGAUGUUCCCUCUCUUUUUAGUUUUCCAACCAAUCUAACAUCAACAGUUACACGGUUUACAUUGCAUGCCAUUUGAUUUGACGGUAUGAUUUUUAAUUUGUUGAGAGUGGACUAAGUAGGGCCUUAUACAUUUUUAUAUUUAAAGUGCCUUUUAGAAUAUGAUCAUUCCUAACGUUGUUAGCUUGACCAUGUUUGCUUGGAACUUUCAAGCAAUGUUUCCACUUUUGUAGUAGGCCAUACUUGAUAAUUGAGAAAAGUAAUUUGUAAGGGUAUUCACAAUAAAUUAUGAAUUUCUCUUUUGU